AUGCUCGGCCUCCGAAGUCUGCCCCUCCAGCUCCUCGCAGUUGCGAGUGUCGUCCUCUCCUCCCCCGUCAGCCUCGAAAGCCGCGCAGUCAUUGCACACGAUGCUGUGGUUCCCUUCCCCGAGACCGUUCCAUCUGGUCUUGUUGGACAGCUUAUGCUCAAGUACAAGCCUUUCUUGAAGGUCUUCAACGGCUGUGUCCCUUUUCCUGCCGUUAACGCCGCAGGAGACACUAGCGGUGGUCUCAACCCCAGUGGCGGUGAAAAUAGCGGCUGCAGUUCCAGCACCGGCCAAGUUUACGCCCGCUCUACAACCUACAACGGUGCCUUCGCCAUCAUGUACUCGUGGUACAUGCCCAAGGACUCGCCCUCAGGUGGCCUCGGUCACCGCCACGACUGGGAAAACAUUGUUGUCUGGCUCUCAGCAGCCUCCACCACUGCCACUAUUCGCGGCGUUGCUAUUUCCGCACACGGUGAUUACCAAAAAGAAACCAGCCCAUCGUUGCAGGGAACUCGACCCAAGAUUGGAUACCGGGCUUCCUGGCCAUUGAAUCAUCAGCUCAUCGCCACUAACGACCUUGGUGGUCAGCAGCCGCUAAUUGCAUGGGACAGCAUGACGGCUGCUGCACGCAACGCGAUCCAGACCACGGACUUUGGGGCUGCAACACCAUCCUUUAGGGACGGAACCUUUGAAAGUGCCCUCGCGGAGGCUUUCAUCUAG